GCAGCGCCUCUCCAGCUGCAACCAGCGGCUGCACCGGAGGCUGGAUGAUAAUGCAAAGUGCCAUGUUCCUGGCUGUCCAGCACGACUGCGGAUCUAUGGACAAGAGCUCCAGCAGCGGACCCAAAAGCGAGGAGAAGCGAGAAAAAAUGAAGCGGACGCUAUUAAAAGAUUGGAAGACCCGUUUGAGCUAUUUCUUGCAACAUUCCUCCUCUCCUGGAAAGCCCAAAAACGGCAAGAAAAGCAAACAGCAAACCUUCAUCAAGCCUUCUCCUGAGGAAGCCCAGCUGUGGUCAGAGGCUUUCGAUGAGCUGCUGGCCAGUAAAUAUGGUCUUGCUGCAUUCAGGGCUUUUUUAAAAUCUGAAUUCUGUGAAGAAAAUAUUGAAUUCUGGCUGGCUUGUGAAGACUUCAAAAAAACGAAAUCACCCCAAAAGCUGUCCUCGAAGGCCAGGAAAAUAUAUACUGACUUCAUAGAAAAAGAAGCUCCAAAAGAGAUAAACAUAGACUUUCAAACCAAAACUCUAAUUGCUCAAAAUAUACAAGAGGCUACAAGUGGCUGCUUUACGACCGCCCAGAAAAGGGUAUACAGCCUGAUGGAGAACAACUCUUAUCCCCGUUUCUUGGAGUCGGAAUUCUACCAGGACUUGUGUAAAAAGCCACAGAUUCCCACGGAGCCACACGCUACAUGAGAUGCACACAGGACCCCCAACGUGGAGGACAUUUCAUUUUUUCCUAAGGGAGAAAGGCUGACCUGCCCAAAAGACUGCCCUUGAGUUCAGCCUGGGUGCUGGGGAAACAUCACUCAGAACUGUUGAUUCGAAGUUGGGUAGUGAGCAGGGAAGCCCGUCGCCGUCCAGAAGCAGCAUGUGUCGGGAUGGCCUCCAUGACUGCAGGCACACAGAGAGAACGUGGUCUGAGCAUGGUGUGUCUCCCACCGUAAAAGCAGGGAUGUGAGACUGAAACAGACGGUGUAAUACUCUCGAUCCAAAAGCAUUUUUACCAUCAGUAGGUCUGGGAUUAUGUGGCCUUAGCAGCUGGAUGUACAUCUUUCCCCCAAAUCAGUCUAUGUUAGCACAUAGUGGUUUCAGUUGUAGUGUGUUUUUAGUACUAUGUGACAUUCAAGUGUGUACUACGUGCAAGUGAAUGGAAGUUCUCGUAACGACAGGUCAUCAGGACUGUCGUCUCAUGUAAUACUAAAACGGACAUGGUCUGUGUUUUCACUGUCAAAUGGUGUGUAGAACAUGCAGUGUCUUAUGAGUGCCAAAAACUGUCCUGAAGGCAGCUAAACUUUGAAGGGGUCUUUGGAUACUUUUAAUAAAUUUAUUUUGAUAAAUGA